AUGGCCAGUAAGGAUGUUAACUACAGGGGAAAAAUGCGUAUGUUUAAUUAUAUGUGUAAUGUGUAUUUACGGUAUUAUGUUAGCAUCUAAAGGUUAUGUUUUAUAGGUUUUUUACUAAAUUGACUUAUAUUAGGUUGUGCAAAUAAUUCUGUGCUUUUUAACCUUGAAGAUUGGCUUUGAAAGAGGUUAAAGAAUUAUUUGAACUACCUAGUAUUUGUUUGUCAUUAUUAUUGAUAAAAGAUCUGAAAACCUUUGAAUUCAAAAUUGACUUUUCAGUAGCCGAAAAGAUCUCAGAAAGCAUUCACGUUGCCGAUCAUGAUCCGUCAAUGGCAUUAUACAGGUUACAAGAACACAUUCAUAAAGUUUCACCGGCUUUGGUCAAUGUAAAGUAUUCAAAUUACAGGGCAAAUGCGGCCAUUCAAAAUUCUUGUUGUGAUUUGGAUUUAUGCAAGGAGUAAGUUAAUUUUAAAAGUUGUUGAGAAAGCAGUUUAGUGUAAAACUUAUUACUGUUAGGUUGUUAACUCUGUGCUCUUUAACCCCAAAAAUGUGCUUAGAGAGGGGGUGCAGGGUUACUUUAACAACUUAAUGAAGAUCAAUACUCUGUGGUCGGUUUUCUUUUUUUGUAAAAUACGGUCUUCUUUUUCAUUUCUGCGUAAUUUUUAUAAUUUUGAAAAAAACAACAGAUAUUUAAAAUAUUAAAUUUUUAUCUUAAAAAUUUUCAAGGAUCACGUUGUUUUUGUUUUCACGCCACCAAUUUUAGAACUUUGGAACAAAUGAACAAAGCCUCGGGGACGUUUGAUCGCGUGCACGACCUACUCAAGAAUGCCAUGUUUUAUAAACAACAACUUAACUAUGAAACAACCAGAGCGGCCGAUAACAAGUCCUAG